CACGCACAUUCACCUGCAGCAGGUAAGCAACACCACAACAACCACAAACACAAACACAACCCCCGCCAAAACCAAAACCAAACUCCAUCACCACCGCCAUCAUCCCCGCCAUUACCACCUCAAAAUGGCGUCUCCCAACCAAGCCCAAGCAACCCACUACCAAGACCUCGCCGACUCCAACCGCGGCGGUGGUCGCGGCGGUGGUCACCGCGCUCCCAAAUCCGGCCGUGGCGGUCAUGGCGGUCAUCGCAAGGGUGGUCGCGACGUCGACCUCUCGCGCGCUCUCUCCCGCCUCCUGCGCCACCAAGCUUCUUCAGCAGGCAUCACCCUCGACGCCGAAGGGUACGCGCCCCUGGACAAGGUUCUAGCGUGGGGACCGAUCCGCUCGCUGAAGCCCACCUUUCAGGAGAUUUUGAAGGCGGUCAGGGAGAGUGAUAAGCAAAGGUUUGCUAUCAAGUUGGCACCUGGAAAAGAGGAAAACGCGCUUGGGGUGGGAGAGGAAAGUGAGGACCCGAAGGAUUGGCUGAUUAGAGCUAAUCAGGGGCAUUCGAUCAAAUUGGAGAGUGAAGGGUUGUUGAGGAGGUUGGUGUUGGCUGGUCAGGAGGGUAAGGGGGGACAGCAGCAGCAGCAGCAGCAGGAGGGAGAAACGGAGGGAGGAACCGUUCCGGUCCCAGAAACGGUAAUCCACGGUACUUACUUCGCCUUCUGGGACAAGAUCGUCCAGAGCGGCGGACUCAAAGCCAUGGGAAGGAACCACGUGCAUUUCUCCACUGGAUUGCCGGAGGAUACGGAAAGGGGUGUCAUUAGUGGGAUGAGGAGCGAUGCGGAGGUGUUAGUUUUUGUGGAUGUCGAGAGGAGUAUCAGGGACGCAGAGGAGCAAGGCGGGGACGGAGAAAAAGGGAUUAAGUGGUGGAUGAGCGAUAAUGGGGUGGUGUUGACGGAGGGCGACAAGGACGGGUUGGUCCCGCUCAAGUAUUUCAAGGAGGUUAGGGGGAGGAGACAGGGCGUGGGACUGUUGUGGAAAGAUGGACAGAAGGUGGCGGAUUUGCCGGAGGGGUUGGAGAUUAGGAUGCCGAUGGGUAAGGGGAGGGCUAGUGUUGGUGGUGGUGGUGGUAAGGGCGGUAGAGGUGGAGGACGUGGUGGACAUGGACGCGGUGGUGGUGGAAGGGGAGGUGCCGGGAAAGGAGGAAGGGGGAGAGAGGAAAAGGAAAAGGGUGAGGAGGUGAAGCAUCUGGAGGUGGAUUCACAAUAGAUGGAUGGGUCGAUAGACUACCCCUAUCUACCAUGCGGUAGAUGGGACAGAGAGAAGGAGUCACGAAUCAAGAUGAGCAACGAAAGGUUCAAAUCGGGAUACCAGACCUGUUUCUUGUUCUUUGAAGUUGCUGUAAAUUUCAAAAGCAGUGUAGGCACCCAAUGCCGCAAAAAUGAUCCAAACGUAGCCAUG